CGGCGAAAUUUUCAACUUUUCACAUUACUCAACACUACCUUAGUUAUCACGCAGUUGCUGCCCAACUCAGUCAUCGACUCACUAAAACUUAUUUCUCGACAUCUGAAAGAACCAUCGCAAGCAAGAAAAACUUGACACGCAAAAACAAACAAACGAAACUGUUCUCAUUUUCCAUUACCUGGUCCCUCAUUGGCGGCUACCCUAUAUAAGCCACCCGAAAACCCAUCUCCAACUCCGUAGGUAGUCAUCUCCGCGCCGGCAUCCAACUCAAAUGCCUUCCCCGGACACCAGCCGGCCUUGUAAGCGAUGCAAGGUCGAAGAUGCUGCUUUCCUCCUAAGAACAGACCCAACAUGUCGUGAUUGCUACAUCCAAUAUGUCGCUUAUAAACUAAACAAGCGCCUCGGCGCACUUCAUAAAGACACUCGCUCUUCAAAGAAGCUUACCACUCGGAGAUACCUGGCUGGCCUGUCCUUUGGGCCUUCAUCUAGUGUUCUGGCUCAGUUGCUCAGCGAGCAGGCUCAUCACCACUCAGAGAACAAGGCUUCUUCGCCAUUUGAGCCGGUGAUUGUCCAUAUUGAUACUGAGUUAUCAUACUCUGAGGGAGAAUCUCCUGCUAAGAUGCUGCUGGAGGAGUAUCGUCGUGUAUUACCACAUGCUACGUUCGAGUGUGUUCCUCUAAAGGACGUCCUCUCUGUGAAGAGCAUCGACUGGUCAACACUGCCCCUUGACGCUGGCACACCGGAUGAUGAUCCAAACGCUCGCCUCCAACGACUUUUCAAUGCUUUACCCACAUUGACCUCACGAACAGAUGUUCUCCGACAGCUUAUUCGUCACCUUCUUCUCCAGAAAGCUCAGGAGCGCUCGUGCUCAGCGCUUCUCCUCGGCCACAGCACAACAGCACUCGCCGCCUUGACACUAUCCGAGGUCGCCAACGGUAGAGGCUUUGCAGUUCCUGUACAGGUUGCUGAUGGCGUGACAACUGUAUGCACAUACGAGGCAGUCGAGGGCGCCGCCGCACAGGAGACCGGUCGGCAAGAAUUCCCGGUGUACUAUCCUCUACGCGAGAUCUUUCGCAACGAGCUGGUCCAGUACAUCGAUCUUGUACCCUCAUUAAAGGAAGUUGUUCCUGUCUGUCAAGGAGGUGCCAAGACUGGAAACAGUGUCAUUUCACACAAGGACCUGAGCAUUGAGGAGGUCAUGACACGGUACUUUGACAGUGUAGAGGAGGGAUAUGCUGGAAUUGUUGCCAACGUGGUGCGCACAACUACAAAGCUGGACCGAGUUCCUGGAAAGAGCUUCUGCGGAAGCUGCGGAAUGUCACUUGAUGCCGAGGGAGAUUCGCGAUGGGCCGGAGAGAUAGGCGAUGAUGCCGGGGACGGGCCGGGGGCAGCCGGUGCAGGCCGGCUAUGCUAUGGCUGUAAGCGGUCAAUCCAUGGAUAGAGCAUCAAUUCAUACAAAAUGUGAACA